AUGUGGUCCCUCCUAUCCCUCCCCACCGUCCUCUCAACCCUCGCAUAUACCACAUCCGCCUCCGUCCUCCAACAACACCCUCUCGAAGCUCCCUCCCCACAAAAGCCCUUGCCACUCCUCAUCUGGCACGGCCUCGGAGACCAAUACGACAACGAUGGCCUCCACACCGUCGGCGACCUCGCCAAAGAAGUCCACCCAGGCACACACGUCUACUACAUUCGUAUCGACGACGACGGCUCCCAAGACCGUCAAGCCACUUUCCUAGGAAAUCUCACCGAACACAUUGAGAAAGUCUGCACCGACAUUCGAAACAAUAAACAUUUAUGGAACUCUCACAAAAACGAAAGCGUAAAAGUCGACGCUCUGGGAUUUUCUCAAGGAGGUCAAUUCCUUCGAGGACUGGUCCAAAGAUGUGAAGGAUUAAAUGUGCGGAGCUUGGUCACAUACGGUUCACAACAUAAUGGAAUCUCCGAAAUCAAAGCUUGCGGAACAUGGGAUUUCCUCUGUAAAGGCGCUUUAGCAUUAAUGAAAGGAAAUGCUUAUACGGAAUAUGUUCAGAGUCGCGUUGUACCAGCACAAUACUAUCGCACAAUAAACGAGACCACCGGGGAGCCUGUGGAUGCGUAUUUAGAGCAUUCGAAUUUUCUGGCGGAUGUUAAUAAUGAGAGGAAAGAGAAGAAUGAAGUGUAUAAAGAACGAUUAGCGAAGUUGGAGAAGUUUGUUAUGGUUUUGUUUGAGGAUGAUACGACUGUGAUUCCGAAGGAGAGUGGGUGGUUUGCGGAGGUCAAUGGUACGACGGGGAAGGUUACGCCGCUGAGGGAGAGGAGGAUAUAUAAAGAGGAUUGGAUUGGGUUGAAGAGGUUGGAUGAGAAGAAGGGGUUGGUGUUUGAGACGACGAAGGGGGAUCAUAUGCAGCUUGAUGAUGAGGUGCUGGCGAGGACGUUUGAGAGGUUUUUUGGGCCGGAGAGGGAGUUUGGAUUGAUUGAGGAGGAGGGGAGAAGGGUUGCUGCUAGGCCUUGUAGUGGGAAGAAGAAGAGUUGGGAGAGGAAGAUUGAGGAGUGGAGGAGUGGGUUUGAUAAGCCGAUCAAGGAGUACCUGUAG